AUGGAAACUGUGCUUCAACGCGUUCUCGGGUCACUUUUUGACCGAUCUGAUGAAGUUAAGAUGGAUACCUAUACCGCGGAGUCGUCAUUGCUCGUAAAAGCGUGGCUGGACAGACAAAAAUCCUCUGAGAAGCAAGGAAACAACUCUAACGGAACCCAGACGGACACAUUUCAGUGGAUCACCUGCAGAGACUUCACCGUCGAGCUGGGCAAGGAGCAGAUUAACGAUUAUAUUCAAACAUGGGGAAUUCGGCCCUGUUGGCGUCACAGCGUCAACUUUCUCUACUCAACCGAGGAGACGCACGGCACCCUCUACCACUACCGGGCCCGCUUCGGCACCCCGACAGCGCGGAGACCGGUUACAAGAACAGCCUGUGUCUACUUUGCCGUAGAAGUGACUAAAAACGAGUCCCAAAGCCUUCCGGUGGAGGUCUACUUCAUUGUGGAGUCAAACAGGCUUGUCCACUCCGCCGGGGAGAGCCGCGUGAGGGAGGAGUGGCUGGCGGACGUUAUCGAAAACAAGACUUUGGUCCAAACAAUGAUGGACCUGUUUGACCAAUAAAACACCGGCCAGCUCCUCUCGGGUUCUGUUCUGUUCCCGCUGUAAAACGCUUUCUGGACGCUUUACUUUUUCCUCCAAUGACGAAACGUUUAAAUAACGUGGAACGAAAAUGACUGAUAACUUGCGUCAAACAUGCGAGGUUAACAUUCUGUUAAACGUUGUGGUUCUAAACUGAUAAAUGUGUUGAAUUUGUACACAUCUAACAUGUAUUAACAAAGUGCAUCCUUACCAAACAAAAAGCAGGGUGGGUUUCAGAGAAUUUUCAUUGAUCGAGGCUUGUUGGCAAAAAAUAAACAGGAAAUGGAGUUUU